AUGUAUAUCCCACAAAAACGGGCCUUGAGCCACAAGGACAGUGUCUUCAUCGUCUGUGCAGCCUGUAUCCUCUUUGUCGUUGCCUCGUGCGUGUGCUCGUAUUUCGGCGCCCGAUGGCUCCGUCAGCGACACUAUAACCCGAAGUAUAUACCUGGACAGUUUUUGAAAGGAAAGUGGAAACAAUGGUGUCCCGGAAGCGCCGCCUAUGGCCAGGUGCCCAAUCCUCGAGCACAAAAUGCCAAUGAUACUACAUACCAUGGUGCUGGAGGAGCCCCUGAAAUGACGACCGUCGACAACACGGGCGUCCAACGUGAGACGUCCGUCCGAUCCAUCAUGACAUUGCCACCCUACUCCGUCAGCCCUAAAGACUCCGAGCAAGUUGUCGCUCGAGAGGGCGAACGGGGUGGCAUGGAUAUGGUCGUGGAGUUCCCCGACACGGCCGAUGAGCAGGAAGCACGUCGCGAGGAUCAAAUGGAGUCUCUCUAUCAACUCCGUCUUCAGCGUCGUCAGGAAAUCGCCGAGCGAGAAAGCCGCCGACAAGAACGACGCGAAGCUCGAGCUCGAGGUGACGCGAUCCGCCUAGAACAAUUGACAGCAGAGUCCCGCGCCCGGAACGACGCUCGCAACGCCAACGCCAGCAACACUUCUAUCAGUGCGACUGCCGUCAUCGCCGAGCACCAGUCUCGCGAGCGCGAUCGUCGUAUCUCCAGUGUCAGCUACGCCUCGAUUGGUCAUGUUCGACACGACGGCUCACGUCUUCGAGCCGACUCUCACGACUCGGACCACCAGCCUCUACUCCCAAACGCCGUCGUGGACUCCGCAUCGCCAUCACUGAUGGAUCCGCCUAGCCUGCGCUCGCGAGUUCAAUCGACCGCAUCAUCAAUCAUGACGGCAUCGACUGCCCUAACGGAAGCCGACCCCUUAGUCCUUCGCCCAACCUCAACCCAUCGAUCCAGCCGACCGACAUCAAUGUACUUCUCAAGUCGCCCAGUGUCGGUCGCCCAACCCGACGAAGGCGACCUCGGCACCCUAAACAUUCCCCCACCGCCAGACUACGAGCACCUAGAUUGGGGCGAUGCACCUGCAUACGAAAGCCCAAACCUCGAACGCCACACAAGCUCAGGCCGUCAACUUCCCGAACUUUCGCGUCUGCCUUCCAUCCACAUCAACGUGGCCUCGCCGAUCGUAGUCUCUCCGGUAUCCCCGGUAACCACAACCUCGCAUCGAGACGAGCUGGAUAGUAACCCGCCUACACCACCAACCCCGACGGGCCCCAUUCCAGCCGUUGUUUCGGCCGGAUCCACUUCUGGCCAUGCCCCUGUUUCAUGA